AUUUUUGUUUGAUAUUUUAAUUGUGAUUAAUUAAAUCUUUCAUUGGUGGUGUUCGAGAAGUCGUUUAUUAUUGUUGAUGAUUUGGAAAAAUCUGUUAAAUUAUUCGAUUUUAGCACGUUAUUCGGCCUCAUGGAUUCUCCGGACUUAUUAUCGUCCUGUAACUCCCAUGCUGACACCAAUGAAUCAUCAAACGUGCAGAAUCCCUCUUUACCUACACCUGAUGACUACGCGGACCUCCAGGAGCAAGUGAUUGCCAAUUUCCAAAAACCCAAUUUGCCCAAUGUAAAUGUUCCCGAGCGUGUGGUUAUAUGCUUGGACGUGUGCUAUGAUGAUCAGAACUCGUAUUACCGGCUCUGUGAUGGCACCACCUUUACUCCUAUCAACAUGCUGAAGCGGAUAUUAGACUUCUUCAUACAUUCUAAACAUGCUAUUAGCAAAAGAACAGAGUUUGCUCUCCUUGUUUUGAAAGACACUGAAGCAGUUUGGGUGCAAAACUUCACCAAUAAUCUUAAAGACAUUUUUAAUACCAUUGAUUAUAUAAAUGCGGAGGAGAGUGCAGCAGAAACAUUUGACUUUAAAAAAGUGUUUCAACUUUUGAAACAGAAGAUUGAAAUCCCAGAAUACAAGCAAGGGGAGUGUAUUCUACCACCGCCAUAUAUUGUUCGGAUGAUAGUUGUGUAUGGUCGAUCUAACUGUGUUCCGAUCAUUCCUCAAGAGGAUGCAUACUUCAUUUUUCUGAAGAAACAGGUGUAUUUCUAUAUUGACAUAUUGCUGGCACAUGAAGAGGACUGUGCACUGUUUAAAUGUGAAGAUAUUUAUGAUGCACUCCAAGACUUGGAUGAUGGUUAUUCUUAUGUGUAUGAGGUAUCGAGAAAUGCAACCAAGAUCCAUGAUUGCAUAGCCAAGUUACUGGCACACCCACUGCAAAGGCCACUACAGAAAAAUACACUCUACAGUUUCGGUUCUAGAUAUUUAUCAUAAAAAUAAGUUCACUAAUUGUAGUUGUAUGUAUUCUAACAUAUCUUUUUUUUUUUUUUUUUUUUUUU